AUGAGAGAACACCCGUUCAUCACGAACAUCAUCUACAUUUUAAUUGUGUUCUUUAUUCUGUGUAACAUUUUUGACGUCACAGAGGGAAUUUUUCGUGCGAAGCAAACAUGGAUGAAGGAUAUUAAAACAAGACAACGUCACUACGGUAUUGCAGCGAGUGAUGUAAAUGAUGACGGUCACAUUGAUUGGAUAGUAGCGGGAUUCGAUGGACCAAAUUUUGUUCUGAAAUAUGACUUCAAAGCAAAACGUCUCAUUAACAUUGCAGUUCGGAACUCUCCCUAUGCCGCCAUCAUGGAUGAGCCAGGACAGGCCAUAGGCGUGGCUGCAUGCGACAUAGAUGGCGACGGAAAAGAGGAAAUAUAUGUCCUUAACACAAACAAGGCAUUCGCUGGUCUAUCUCCGUACAGCGAUAAGUUGUUUAAAUGGAGAAACGGUUCUUAUGUAGAUCUAUAUUCUGAUCCCAUCAACAGAAACAUUUCGGCAAAGAAUUACGCCGGACGUUCAGUUGCCUGUAUUGACAGAACAGGUCGUGGCCGCUAUUCUUUUAUAAUAACUGCUUAUGCUAACGAUAAACAUGGUAAAUUUGCCAUGAUUGAAAUGGACAUUGGUCAUCGGGAUAAUUACGUCCGCACUGGAAAUAUUGUAUUAGUCGACGUGGCCGAAAAAGUAGGGAUUGCUAAGGCGACCGGCGGGAGAGGAGUCGUUGUUGGACCUAUACUCGGAAAUAACGGUCGCUCGGACAUAUUUUUCGGAAACGAAAACAGCCCCUGGUUAAAACUUUCGGGUGACAACUUCUUGUUCAAAAACCUUGGAAACGGAAGUUUUGCUGAUGUAGCUGUAAAAUUGAAUCUGGCCGAUGGGUAUAGUAACGCACGUGGGGUUGCCCUUGGCGACUUUGACGAGAACGGCUGGAUCGAUAUUGUCGUUGGAAACUGGAACGGACACCAUCGACUUUAUUUGCAGGAUAAAGAUACCGGUAGAUUUCGAAAUAUCGCAAACACACAAUUUGACAAUCCGUCAUUGGUCAGAACUGUUAUGGUAGCAGAUUUUAACAAUGAUGGACAAACUGAUAUAUUCUUUAAUCAUUUCUGUAGCAGAGAUGGAGCACCAGUAAAUAAUCGUCUCACAACCAUAUCCAAAUUUGGAAGCGGAAUAAGACAAAAUGUCGGUGAUGCUGGAAUGGCAAGUGAACCGUACGGAUGUGGGACAGGCGGAAGUUACGCAGACUUGGACGAAGAUGGGACAUUAGAUAUGAUUCUAUCUCAUGCUGAUAGUUUCGCGGAUCCGUCUACAUCUCCGCUCACUGUGUUUCGUGCCUCGUCUUCUAAGUGGAAUAGAUGGGUACGUGUGGCACCAAAGACCGUAUAUGGCGGACCAGCACGUGGUGCUCUUGUGACGCUGAACUUCCCAAACGGGAGACAACUCUCACAAGUGAUCGAUGGUGGUUCAGGAUAUUUGUGUCAGAUGGAACCCAUCGCUCAUUUCGGUUUGGGAUCAGCUUUCCCAAACUCUUUGUUCGUCCGAUGGCCUGAUGGGCGGACAUACACCAAACGAUUGAAUAGGUUUGAAUUAAAUCAAGUACACACUAUUGACUGGGGGUGGUCAGUGUACAGUGCCCCGACGUAA